UGUUUUCUUCCUUGUCCUCUACUAGGCGAGCAGUGGUUGAAGGAUCCCUUCCACAUCCUUUUGCUUUGACUUUGUUUGGGGACAUGUUGUACUGGACUGACUGGAACACUCAUUCUAUCUUGGCCUGCAACAAGUCCUCUGGGGAGGACCUGCAUGAAAUACAUUCCAACAUUUUCUCUCCCAUGGAUAUCCAUGUUUUCAGCCAACAGAGGCAGCCAAAUGCUACAAACCCAUGUGGAAGUAAUAAUGGUGGCUGCUCCCACUUGUGUUUGAUGUCUCCUAUCCAGCCUUCUUAUCGGUGUGCUUGUCCCACUGGUGUGAAACUCCUUGAGAAUGGAAAGACCUGCAAAGAAGAGAAAGUAUGAUUUCAUGGCUAAAGAAUAGGUAGUGGAGAAAGAAGAUUUGGAGUCUAGUCCCACCUCCACCACGGAUUGACAGUGUGGCAUUGGGCAAGUAUUUUGAACCUCGAUUGUCUCAUCUCUCAAAAAGGUGGUAACAGCUACCUUACAUGUUGCUUCUUAGGACAGGUGUAGGCUUGAAGCGCCGGAUAGGCACAGCUGCACCACUGUAGCACUUACAGUGAACAGGCUUCUAUGCUGGUGAAAGAGCUUCUCCCAUCUGUGUAGUUAAUCCAUCUCCAUGAAGAUGGCACCUAUUCUGACAGGAGAAGUUCUCCCACCAACAUAGCCCUUGUACACAUAAAGUUAUGUUGGCAUAACUCUCUUGUUCAGGAGCAUAGAUUUUUCACACUACUGAGCAACAUAAAUACACCAAUAUGUCUGUGGUUUAUGCCUGGCCUCUAUGAAUUAAUAUCUAUAUAACACUUCUGGUAUUAUUGUACGUUAACUAUUUACACCCCUUCUUGGAUAGUGAGAUCCAUAUAAUGCUGCUACUUAUCCUUUCCCAUGCAUACCUAAUGUCAUUGAUUGAAACUUUCAAACUUGUAUGCCUGAAGUUUAGGUACUAAACUAAAAGUGGCAUUACUUCUAGAAGUGUUGAGCCCCCAGAAGUCUAGCUAACUUGUUUGGGAAUUGUUGCUGCUAAACACCCCUUCCUGAAAAUUCUGUUUACUAAAUAUAGAUUCAGGUGCCUAACUUUAGGUACUCAAGUUUGAAAAUCUAAAUAAUUUUUAACAUUGGAUUGGAUUGCUAUAAUAAUGCUGAUGUCAAACAAAUGAAGACUAAGUAUUGGGAUCAAAUUAACUUUUGUAAAACACGGCCUUUUUAAAUUCAGACUCUCUCCUCACU